AUGAAUUGCUUCAAACCACCAUUAUUAAUCAUGUUCAUCAUGGUUUUCUCCAUAUCAUUUGACUUAGUUUUUUCUCAAACCAAUAGUAGUUUCAACAAAUGUGUCCUGGAUUUUAACAUUUCUUCUUCAUCAUCAAGGGACUCAUGUACAACUUUAGACAACAAUUGGGAUGGUUUCUUAACUCAGCCUUGUUGUGGAUUACCUUUCAACAGAUAUUUACGAGCAUUGGCGCGUUGGACUAACCAAACAAGACUUAUCUUUCUCAAUUCUACACAACAGAUGGACUGCUUAACUUUGAUGAAUAACAAUAGUACUGAUAUUUUUAGCUGUGGCAUUGAGAAGUUGACUAGUGGUGCAGGAGGUUGUUCGGAUUAUUCAGAGAUCGACGUUGUGAAUGAGCUAGGAAGCAGAUUGAAUAGUCUGAGAGAUGAUUGUAGGCUAAUGGAUUCAGAAGGAGGACUUACUAAGGGAUGCAAUAAGUGUUUGAGGACAUGGAGAGAAAUAGCUUACAUGUCGAAAAAUGAUUCGAUGAAACUUGAAGAUGACAUUUGUAGAUUUAGUAUGCUGAUUUUGUUAACAAGUCAAAGAGUUGCUGAUGAGAGUUGGAUUGACAAGAUCUUUCAUUGCCUAGGAGACAACUCUCUCCCUUUAGCAUCGUCUGCAGAUGAGAGUGGAAAUGAAACGAUACGUAGUACUAAGUUUAAAACUGAUCUUUCAAUUCUAAUUGGUGGUGUAGUGGGGAUGGUGUUAGUUGUAAUCGUUGCGUUGUGGAUCUAUGUGAAAAGGAAGGCUGAAGUUAAGCCAUCAAGUGAAAGAUAUAAUGAAUCUUACUCUGAAGAAUCAAGCUAUCGUAGACUAUCACUUAAAGAAAUUUACUCUGCGACUGACAGUCUCAGCAUGUCCAACUUCAUAGGUCAAGGCAUAGCUGGAAAAGUAUACAAAGGCAUUUUAGCAGAUAGACAACAUGUGGCUAUUAAGCACAUAAUUAAGGAUGAACAGAUGGAAACAUUUGUUAGAGAAGUUACAAGUCUCUCUCAUAUCAAACAUCCGAACCUCGUAUCCCUGCUAGGCCACUAUGAUGCACCAAAUGAAUGUUUUCUAGUUUAUGAGCUAUGCCACAAUGGAAAUCUUUCCGAAUGGCUAUUUGGUAAAAGUAAAUAUCUCUUGUGGAGACGAAGACUAGAAAUUGCACUUGAUUGUGCUCGUGGUCUCCUCUUUCUCCACUCAAUUCCUGGUAUUGACAGAUAUGCUGGUCAAAAUUGA